AUGCAUUAUAAACGCACUUUCAUCGGCAUCGAAGCCCCCGAAGAAUUAAACCAAACAGUCCAUUAUGCCCUCUCGGAGAGUGGAGUGGGGGACCGUACGCUCGCAGAUCUGGGGAUUUCCGUGCCUAUUGGCCAGCCUCUGACGUACACUGCCCACCAGGGCAGAGCUCGACUCCGCACACUGGUAGCCAAAUGUUAUGGCCUCGAUGCAGUAGAUAUUCUCGUGACGACUGUGGCUCCUCGGCGUUAUUGCGGCAGUGCUGCAGCCGAACACCAAACUGAUCAGUCUCACAGCACCCCUAAUCCAACAGACUCCAUGAUCAUCGAGGAACAACUCCGUAAAGUGGCCGAUCUGGCUAGAAAUCACAGCUGCUAUCUCCUUGUGGACGAGACUUUUGCGGAGCUCAUGAGCCCCAAUCGUCUCCCUUGUGCGGCAUCUCUAGGAUCGCACGUCAUUUGGGUUUCGUCCAUGUCCAAAGCAUACGGCGUUCCCAGUAUCCGCGUUGGAUGGAUUUCGUCUAAAAACAAGCUGCUGCACGAGGCAUUCCUCGUUGCCAAGGAACAGACAAGCAUUACCGUAGGUGUGCUGGAUGAAUAUGUGGCAGAGUGCAUCUUGGAGCGACGCGAGGAGUUGCUGCAGCCGGUACGCUUGGAGAUGAAGAGCAGGCGAGACCUUGUGGAUGCUUGGGUUCAGGAAGAGGACAUGGUGGAGUGGGUUCGACCAGAAGCUAUGUCAAUCGCAUUAAUACGCAUGACGAGGGAGCCACCGGGAGGAGCCACGUCUUUCUAUAGCCGAUUGUUGAAGGAGCAAGCGACCUAUGUCGGUCCGGGACAUUGGUUCGAACUGCCCGAGACUUGUUUCCGACUUGGGUAUGGGUGGCCAGCCAUGGAGGAUCUUAAGAAGGGAUUAGCAGCCAUCUCUCGGGCCCUGCGUGGCUAA